AUGGCACCGUCUCUCUCGUCGUCGUCAUCCUCAUCGAUGAUACCGAAAAUUCCUCAAUCGAGACCGAAAAGGAGAUUACUCGUCGCCGUCGUUCUGUCCGUGUGUAUCGGAUACGUUUUGUUUAUGAUUUUGGGCGAUUCGCCUCCACAAGGCGUAUCUCCUAAUCAUCAUCAUCAUCGCGUGCAACAACAACUUCCAAACUUAGCGGCGAGUCGGAGUUCUUCUUCCUCGAGCGCAUCUUCCUCCUCUUGGUUCUCCUCUUCAUCCUCUGCUUCCACUUGGGCGACGACGACGGGAAAUCACGAAGAAGAAGAAGAAGAUGUGGAUGUUGAUGAUGCAAACGACGAGUUGGGUAGCAGAAGUAGCGAAGAAGGAGAGACUUCAGAGGAAGGAGACGAGCCGACGCAUAGACACACGAACGACGAUAUUGUCGUGAGCAUAGAUGAUAGCAGCAGCAAGAAUAGCAUGAAUAGUGGACUUUCCUCCUCUGCCUCAGCCUCGUGCGACCCGGACGAUGCGACGGCUUGUCAUCACCCGAAAGGCGUCUGUCAAAAAGCCACGCGAACCUGUUUGUGCGCGAAACUUUGGCAAGGCGACCAUUGCGAGAGGGCUUACCCUUUAAAAGGGAAACACAUCAAAGCUAAAGUUGAGAGAGGAUUAGGUUUUGCUGGGUCGAUUACGAUGAGCAAGAAAAUCACCGGGAAGAGGAAGAACAUCGAGGUGACUUUACCCGGGAAGGAGAAGGACGCGGACAAAGGACAUCGAGUGUUAGGCCCAGUAGACCAAGAGUUGCUUUCGAUUAUGCCGCAAAACGAUGCGGUUGGGGAGGUGUACAAUAAAUGCGCCGUGGUCGGAUCGUCCGGGAUAUUGUUGAAUUACGAAAACGGGAAGUUUAUCGAUGAACACGACGCAGUAUUUCGCUUCAACUCGGCGCCAACAAAAGGUGGAUUGGAAGCGCACGCCGGAUCAAAGACAACGCAUAGGAUUACAAAUACCCAAAAUUGGGCGUUCAGAGAAGGGAAAGAGUUGUUGUUAGUACACAUGCGAUCUCACGCGUCUUUAGCUGCGUUUAUUAAAACGAAGAAAGGCGACAAGUCCAUUAAAAUGGCUGCGUUCGAUCAAGGGUUCGUCGAACACAUGGCGCACUCUUUGAAUUUCAUGCCGACGAGCGGUUUAUACGGAAUCAUAAUAGCGUUAUCUAGAUGUCACGAGGUGAACUUAUUUGGUUUUCAAGUUUCAAGCGAACACGGUGCCUUGUAUCACUACUACGACGCGUGCGAUGAACCCGCCAACGGCGAGCGAGACGGCGCCGAGUGGUUCGUCGUGAAGAAACUCGCCGAGGAGAAACUCGUAAAAUUUGCCGAGCCGUGCGUGGUGGAGUGUCAUGAGUCCAAGAGUAAAUGCCAAGAGUGUAAAAGCGAAGCUGGAAUGCCGAGCGUAGAUUUAUCAAACUUUCGAGCGACUUCUUUACAGAUGAAAGGUAAAGAUUUGAAGAGAGAGUUGACGAAACAGACGUACGCGGAGAGGAAGAAAUCGUGUCCGGCGUGUUCCAAGUCCUUCGGUGGAUGUCGACCGCCUCGACACUGGGCGUAUGCCAGAGACAGAAGCUCGAGCAGACACGGGAGUGGGAGUCACGCGCACGGUUAG